AUGGUGUCCAUAGACCAUGUCGCUCACAAAAUACUGACUUACAUCCCUUAUGUCCUUGUUUUGAUUGACAUGAGAUAUGAAGGAGUGAAAUGUGGCAGGGAUGGGAGUGUUGACAAUCAUAUGGAAAUGGGGAAGAAGCUGCUCGCUGCUGGCCAGCUAGCUGAUGCCCUGUCUCAUUUCCAUGCUGCUGUGGAUGGAGAUCCCAAAAACUACAUGGCCUACUACAGGAGAGCUACAGUGUUUCUGGCAAUGGGGAAGUCAAAGUCUGCUCUGCCAGAUUUGAGCAGAGUUAUUGAACUCAAACCAGAUUUCACAUCUGCACGCCUUCAGAGGGGGAAUCUGCUCCUGAAGCAGGGGAGACUAGAUGAGGCAGAGAGUGACUUCAAGAAGGUGCUGAAGUCCAACCCCAGCGCCAAAGAGGAGGGGGAAGCCCAGAGUCAGCUGACAAAGUCAGAUGAAAUUCAGCGGCUGGUGGCUCAGGCACGCAACAGCUUCAACAGCCAGGAUUACGUGACAGCAGCUGCCCAGCUUGACACUGUCAUUGAGACUUGCGUUUGGGAUGUGACCUCUCGUGAGAUGCGAGCGGAGUGUUUCAUUCAAAUGGGAGAGAUGGGGAAGGCCAUCAGCGACCUCAAAGCUGCAUCCAAGUUAAAAAAUGACAACACCCAGGCUUUCUACAAACUCAGCACCAUCUACUAUAAUCUCGGAGACCAUGAGAUGUCCCUCAACGAGGUGCGUGAGUGCCUGAAGCUCGAUCCUGAUCACAAACAGUGUUACAGCCACUACAAGCAGGUCAAGAAGCUCAACAAACAGAUCCAGUCUGCCGAGGAACUCAUCCAAGAGCAGAGGUAUGAAGACGCAGUGAGCAAAUAUGAGGCGGUGAUGAAGACGGAGCCCAACGUGCAGCAUUUCUCCCUCCUUGCCAAAGAGCGCAUGUGCCAUGCUUUGGCACAGGGCCAGCAGGCCAACAGAGCUAUCUCAGUGUGUGGUGAGGUUCUCCAAUCCAACCCGGAGAACGUUAACGUGCUGAAGGAUAGAGCUGAGGCCUACGUCCAAGAGGAACAGUAUGAGGAAGCUAUUAAGGACUACGAGACUGCUGCCAAACACAGUGAGAAUGACCGUCAGAUAAAAGAAGGCCUGGAGAGAGCUCAGCGACUUCUCAAACAGUCUCAGAAGAGGGAUUACUAUAAGAUCCUGGGAGUGAAGAGAACUGCCCAGAAAAAGGAGAUUAUCAAAGCCUACAGGAAACUGGCACAACAGUGGCAUCCGGACAACUUCCAGGAUCCAGAGGAAAAGAAGAGGGCUGAGAAGAAGUUCAUUGACAUCGCUCAGGCUAAAGAGGUUCUCACUGACCCAGAGAUGAGAACCAAGUUCGACCACGGUGAAGACCCUAUGGAUCCGGAGAGCCAGCAGGGUCAUCAUCACCACCAGCACUUCCACGGAGGCUUCCACGGCUUCCAGGGUUUCAAUCCAUUCGGCUCUGGACCCUUCAACUUUAAAUUCAACUUCAACUGAGGAGGACGCUCACAUCCGGCACAGCUGGAAUUACCGUAUUUUCCUCCCUAUUUAAAAGGGAGAUCGCUGGCAUGAGGAAUGUCAUGAGUCUCACAAAACUGUGGAGCAAAUUGUGACUUUAAUUCAGUGACCUUAAUUAAAUAUGCAUCUUUGUUGUUGAAGGAAUUCCGUUUUGGGGAAGGUCUGUUGCUAUGCUAACAAAUACCUGCCAUGUGUGAAGCAGCUUUUAUCUGUCACAUGUAAGUGGUUAAUUGGGACACUUGCAUCCUUUCCACGUACUGUACGCUCUACCAUUCACAUCCAUUCAUAAGAUUCUAUUUGUACAUAAGUACAGUACUAUUUUUAUAUGAAUGGAGUUUUUCUGAGAUGUAAAUAAAGACCUAUUUAUGUACCUUA